AUGCCGUUCUUCAAAAUUCGUACUUCCAAGUUUCGGCAUGUGUAUGGUUCAGUUGCCAGGAAAGAUAAAUGUUACGAAAACAUUAAAAUAACCAAGAAUGCACACGAUAGUAAUUUUUGUUCUGUAAAUCCGAAGUUUAUUGCUGUGGUAACAGAAACAGCUGGUGGUGGAUCAUUCUUGGUUUUACCGCUUAAUAAGACUGGUAGAAUUGAAGUGAAUAUGCCAAAAGUUACUGGUCACCGUGGUAACGUUCUUGACAUUAAAUGGAAUCCAUUUGACGAUAAUGUUAUUGCGUCCUGUUCUGAUGAUACAACAGUAAUGAUAUUUCAAAUUUUGCUCAAUGAUAAAAGUUUGGCAAUUAUAUGGAAUGUGGAAACAGGAGAAGCCGUCACAUAUAUCCAAUGUCAUACAGACACUAUAUACAACCUAUCAUUUAACAGAGAUGGCAGUCUGCUCGCUACAACAUGCAAAGAUAAGAAAUUACGACUUAUUGAUCCGAGAACGGGAGAACUGCUGAGUGAAACUCCAGGUCACCAGGGGACAAAGUCCUCCAAAGUGACGUUUCUAGGGGAUACCGAUCGCCUUGCAACAUGUGGGUUUUCCAGAAUGUGUGAAAGGCAGUUCGGCGUAUGGAAUGUUCGUGAUCUAUCUAAACCACUGCGAAUGGAAAAUAUAGACUCUGGGUCUGGGACUUUAUUACCAUAUUAUGACCAAGAUACUAAAGUUGUAUUCAUUGCUGGAAAGGGUGAUGGCAAUAUACGUUACUACGAGAUUGUACCAGAAGCACCGUACUUUCAUUAUCUAUCAGAAUACAAGUCUUCGUCACCCCAAAGAGGACUUGGCGUGAUGCCAAAAAGAGGUUUAGACGUAUCAAGAUGCGAGAUAAUGAGGUUUUAUAAACUGCAUUCUGUGGCUGGCAUAGUGGAACCAGUUGCUAUGAUUGUUCCCAGGAAGGUGAGUACUAUAAGGUUAUUACGAGAAUACCUCAAAGUAUGCAAAGUACUGUACAACUGGAGUAUCGACUGA